CCUCUGCCGAAGCGCGGCCGGAGGGCGGCUCCGUGUCCGGGCCUGUGCCGCGCCGCGUCCGGAUGGACCCUCCGCUCAAGGCGGGGCCGCUCCUGCUCCAGCAGCCGCCAGGGCUGCGCCUCGGGGCCAAGCGAUGGAAGAAGGGCUGGUUUGUGCUGUUCCCUGCCAGUCCUCACGGUGUGGCUCGCUUGGAGUUCUUUGAUUGCAAGGAGGGGGCAACUGCAGCUGACAGAGUUGGCACCAAGCGCCUAGACAAGAAGAUUGUGCGGCUGGCGGACUGUGUGAGCGUGGCCCCUGUCCCAGACUCUUUCCCCAAGGUUGGCCUGGCAGUCUUCCGCCUCGAGACCAGUGAGCGAACCUACCUCUUUGCUGCUCAGCCACAGGACGCUUCCGAGUGGGUGGCCAAGCUCUGCGAGGCAGCCUUUCUGGGCAACUCUGGCAAAGGAGCACCGCUCGCAACUGAGCCAGGUGGCCAGCGCCCCUUGGAAAUGGCCACCAAUUCUAUUUAUUACUCCCGGGAUGAAGCCAGCGAGUUCUGGGUGACGGUGCAGAAGACGGAGGCGGCUGAGCGCUGCCAGCUGCAUGGAGUGUAUGUGCUGAAGGCCUCUCGGGAUAGCCUUGUCCUCAGAGACCCUCACUCAGGCCAGCCCCUACACACCUGGCCCUACCGCCUCCUCCGCAGAUACGGCCGGGACAAGGUGAUGUUUUCCUUUGAAGCUGGCCGCCGCUGCGAAUCUGGCCCUGGCAACUUCACCUUCGAGACCAAGCAGGGCAACGAGAUUUUCCGCGUGGUGGAGGCGGCUAUCCAAGACCAGAAAGCCCAGGCAGAAGAGGACCGGCAGAGUGCCAGCUCCCUGAACUCGGAGGCCUCCAGCGUAGCCCAGAUCCAGAGCGCCAUUGCCAGUGCGCUCCUCCUGGGGGGCGAGUGCCCUCCUGCUGAAAGGCAGGUGCCCAGAGGCACACCGAGUGCCAAACUCAGCUUGGCCAUGGAGGAGAAGGAAGCAGCCCUAUCAUCCCUGCGGAAGGGGCAGAACGGGCGAGACCCACUGCCCCAGUGGCCCAGCACCCCACCACGGUCCCCGCUCUCUGGGCUGGCAUGUCACCCGCUGCCCCCGGAAGACACUGGCAGCGUCUACUCAGAGCCUCUGGAUGCUGUAAAGGGCUUCCAGUACAGGCCAGACCCUCUCUACGCUGACCCCCUCGACAGCAGGCGCCACAGUGGUGGUGAGAAGGAAGAGGCAGAGCUGGGAGGGACCAGCGUGUUGUAUGAGCAAGUGGGGUCAGCGCUGGGCAGCUGCCAGGGCACCGGAGUGCACAUCUAUGAUGAGCCGGAGGGGCGGGCCCCCAGGCCAAUUCCCGCUCCCGCUCCCACUCCCAUCUACGAUGAGGCCCACCUCCUCUGUGAGGCCUGGCGGACUCAGGGCCUGGAGAGCAGAGCAGGCUAUGAACUUCCUUACCAGCCUGGUGCUGGGGACUAUGCCGUUCCUGCCUUCCACCAGAAAGCAGGACUCAAGCCCUCCAAGCCUUCCCCGGCCCCCAAGCCCCCCCGAGCUCACAAGAAGCCCACUCAGCCAGGCAGCACUAACAAGCCCUCUGGACCGCCAGUGCCUGGCUGGGCCACACUGAAAAAUGGCUCCAGCAGCAGCAACAACAACAACAGCAACAACAACAACAACAACCAGGCGGAUAGGGAGCCGAUCUACAGCCGGGUGCUGAAGCCCUCGAGGACCUGUCCGGGCCCUGCCGGGCGCGAGCAGUCGGUGGACGAGUGUCGGCCAGCUUCUGUGUAUGAAGACCUGGGGGAGAUCUGAGUGCCCGGUGGCUGCCCUUCCUGGGCAAGGUGGGCAGUGGAACUUCUCCCCUGGGCAUGAGUGCCACGCUCUUGCAAGUUCCCACUCUGUAGAGAAGGUGCCCAGCUUCGCAGACUCCAGAGCUCGUUCCGUGCCUGGUGGGUGUCCAGCCUUGCUUAUUCUUUGAGUGAGAGUUGCCACCUCCAGGGCUGGAGAGAUCAGAUCUAUGGAGCUUCUACGGCAUUUCACCCCGGGCGAGCUUCCUCCCUUCCCCAGGCUCCGCCCCUAAAUCUCCAGGAAUUUCCCACCCCAGACUGGCAGUUUAUCUAAUAUGUGCGGCAGCCACUGGAAAUGCUUUGGAAAAUAUUUUUCUAUAAAUGUUUGUUUUGA